CCAUCUCCGCUCCCUCUGUUUAUUUUUGCCUUAAAAGCUACAGCACAUUGCCCUCUCGCCUCGCCCCGCUCCGCCCCGCCCACCGAUAUCGCGUUCGGACGUUCUUUAAAUACUAACAACGACCAACUCUACGGCGAGGUUGCUUAGCUACGGCGACAGCCGGAUCGCUAUCUCACACGGCGUGCGGGAUUUUGGAGGGAGCCGAUUCGCAGCUAUUGGUACAAGGUCGAAAUCUCUUUUUCUCUCACAGUCUCUUGAAAUAUAAUAUAAAUUAUUGCUUUUUCCCAAUCGCGAUUAAAUGUUCAAGCGACUGCAUUUUAUUCUUAUUUCUAGGAAUCCAAUGUGUUUUGUAAAUGAAUUUGAAUUUUCUGAGGGAUAAUGAGAUCCGUAGCUUUGUGGAGUGAUGGUUCCUUGUAGAUUUCUUCACUUGGGGAUAGUGUUCCUUCUAUCUUUUUUAUCUAUCUUUCUUUAUGGAAAGCUAGGAUUUCUCCUAAUUUUUUAACUUUGGAAAAGGUAUUGAGCUUUGGGCUUCCACGGUUAGGUUGAUAUGCUACAACUGUAGAGCUCUUCUGAAGUCUUUAAUAUGAAGAUGCUUUCCAUUGUUGAAAGAUGAAUGGAAAGAAGCCAUUGUUUGUAAAGGAAGAUGGAUCAAUACAUUUGACUUGAGCAUAAGUGUGGUUAGAACAAAGCUGCUCGUGGUUUUUUUUUGUAAGCACUAUAUCUUUUCUGCAAAAAAAAGAAAAAAAAAAAAGCGACUCCUGAAUUAAACUCAUGGUAACUAUUAAGUCAUGGAAGAGUGCUAGGAAGAAGCCAAGUGAGGCUCCUAUUAAGAUGCUAAUAGCACAGGAGUGGUCUAGUGCAUUUGAGUCGAAGGAGACAUCUCCUGGUGUUGUUGCAAAGUUGAUGGGUCUGAGUAAACUGCCAAUUCAACAAAAAGUUCAAACUCCAAAAAGAAAAUUGCAAGAGAUUGACACACAUGACUAUUUGAAUAGAUCUCCCCAAGACUAUUGGCUGCUGAAAGAAUGUUCUUGUAAUCAUCAGAUGAACUAUAGGAGUGAAUGUUGCAUGCAUGAGAAGUGCAAGGAUUUGUAUAAGGUAAAGCAACAUCUUUCAUCAAAUGGUCAAGCCAAGAAUCAUUAUCUACAACAUGAAGACCGUCAUGAUAAUUUGAUGGACAAGAGAAUGGCUCUUGUGCACGAAAAGUUCAUUAUAGCAAAAAGACUAGCUACUAAUAAAAAGUUUAUCCAAUCAAAAGAGUUCAAAGAUGCUCUUGAGGUUUUUAGUUCAAAUAGAGAUUUAUUUCUCAGAUUUCUUGAAGAACCAAACUCUUUAAUUUCCAAACAACUUAAGGAAAUUCAACAAAUUAUUUCUUUGGGAUCCCAGACCAAGCGCAUUAAUGUUUUGAAGCCAACCACAUCAUUUGAUUCAGAUCAUGACAAAUCUAUGAGCAAAGACAGAUGCGCAUGUGGUGAAGAGAUCAAAAGAAACAUUGAUGUACACGGCUGGAGCUCUAGCUUGUCUAUUCCCAAGGCUGAAACUAGAUCUCAGCCCACAAGGAUUGUGGUUCUAAAGCCCAGUCCUACAGCGAUUCAUGAAACAAAAGCUAAUAUGGCCUCUAAUGUUGCCGUAUCAGCUCAAGAAAGUAGACACAGAAGUCGAAAUUUGAGAACUGAUGAUGAUAUAAGAUCAAGAGAACUAGCUAUGGAAAUCACUCGGCAAAUACAAAAAGAUAUGAAAAGUAUGCAGAAGGAUGAGUACCCGUCAACCGUAUUUUCCUCUACUUUAUAUCUAGCUGAUGACAGUAAACUUAUGAUGCUUGAAAAUGAUUGCAGAGAAGAAAGGGGCAGUAACUACAGUGAUUCUGAGUUGGUGACUCCAACUUCACCGAAUUCUUAUGCCCAUGUAAAAUCAAUCAAUCCAACCACUGUGACAUCCUGUAGCAAUCAAUCCUACUCAGCUGAGUCAAUACAGAGACAGGAAGCCAAGAAAAGACUCUCAGAAAGAUGGGAGAUAGCAACAUCGAGUGAAAAUAGUCAUGAACAAGCAGACGUAAAAAAGAUCUCAAGUACCUUGGGUGAUAUACUUGCCAAUCCUGAGGUGAAGAAAGAAGAAGAGGUGGUUGAUAGGCUUGCCAUUUCACCUUGGGUUUCCAGUGGUCAAGUACAGGACACGAGGAUUGCAGGGACAUGUUUACCUACAACUUGGAUGCAGGAAUCCAGUGAGGACUGUCUUAAGAACAUUACAAGGUUGAAGACUCUUCCUGCUUCUGAAUGCCAGAAAAAAAUUUGUGAGAAUGACGAAAUUUCGUGUACAUCAUCAAGCAAAUCUAUUCUUCUCGAAGAGUCUUCAAAUUUGAAAAAAGGGAAAUCUUUUAAGGAGAAAGUUUCAAGUUUAUUCUUCUCAAGGAUGAAGAAAUUAGUGAAGGACAAGCCCAAACUAUAUACUUCAGUGAGUUCUGAUGUUAGUUUCCAUUCAGCCAGUUAUUCAUCUAUAAAAGAUAGCAGGCUAUCAAAAUCUUCCCAUGAUGGUAUAUCUGUUGAGGAUACUUCAAAAACUUUGGAGGAAGAUGUUUUCCAGGUUUCAUCUCCUCCUGUCUCAGUCCAUUGUACAGAAAGGCAUGGGAAGGGCAUUCGCUCGAUUGAGAAAGUUUGGAAAUCUGAAAUCUCCAGAGAAAAUUUCAGUCAACAUAGCCCCAUUUCAGUCCUAGAAAGGCCAUUCCAAGAAGAAUUUUCCAUUAGUUUCUCUCAUUCUUCUCAACAUGCAAUCACUGACCGCACGGAAACACUCUCCAGAUCCCCACUCAUUGGUUCAGUGAGCCGUUCAACUUAUUCAGAGAACGCACACUCCGCAACUCUGGCAGCACCAAACUCCCUAAAGCUUUCCAAGCUUUUCUCCAAAGAAGACAAAGAGGAAGAACAACUUGGUUUCAUCCAUAAGUUAAUUUCAUCUUCAAACUUAGCAAAUGAAAGCUCCACCACAGUAUUAGCCAAAUCACACUCUCUGGAUUGUCCAUUAAAUCCAAUUCUGCUUGAUAACUUAUUGGAAAGGGAAGGAGAAGAAACCAAAUACAGAGAAAAGCGUUCAAACCAGAAGCUAUUAUUCGAUUAUGUCAGUUUCUCCCUCAAAGAAAUUGGAUAUUCUAGUUUAGUUAAUGCAUAUCCAUGGAACACAACAACUACUAUGGCUCGGAUGAAAACUAAUCCUACAGUGACAGAUGCAGUUUUGUGCCGUGUGAAGGACUGCUUUUCUGAGGAAGAAAUUUGCACAUCAGCUGAAAAUAAUAAGCAAUUUGUGGAUUAUUUGGUGAAGAAAGAGGUGAUAAGAAGUGGAUUGGCUGAACCCAUAUGGUUGGAAAUGGAUGAUUUUGGCAAAGAGAUUGGUGAAAAGAUGCUUGACGAGUUGUUUGAUGAUGCAUUAGCUGACCUAAUUGGGUGUUGUUUGAGCUGAGUUUUCUCAAAUUUUUUGUCCUCUUGUACAUAGUGAUAGUUUGGUACCUCUUAAUAUUGCCAUAUAUAGGGCAAAUUAUUUGGUGGGGAGUUCGGACUCCAAUUAAAUUUGUACACGUGUAUACGGACACGUGGAUAUUUAUUGUGCUUUUUGUAAGGAAAUUUUUUUAGAAAUUUAAAACAUGUAAUUUGCUAUCA